AUGGACACGCACAACGGCACCGCAGUGACUGAAUUUACCCUGACCGCCUUCCCUGCUCUCCACAGGCUUCAGGUCUCCCUCUUCGUGGUCCUCCUGCUCACGUACACGCUCACGCUAACAGGAAAUACGGUCAUCAUUUCCCUCAUAUGGGCUGAUAACCGCCUCCAAACCCCCAUGUACUUCUUCCUCAGUAACUUGUCAUGUUUGGACAUUUUAUACCCGACCUCAGUCAGCCCAAAGUUGCUAGCCUCUCUCCUAGAAGGCAGGAAUGACAUAUCUUUGGCUGGCUGCAUGACCCAAAUGUACUUUGUAUUUUUCUUGGCAACUGUGGAGUUUAUCCUCUUGGCAGUGAUGUCCUAUGACCGCUACGUGGCCAUCCAUAAACCCCUGCACUACACUGUCAUCAUGAACAGCAGGGUCUGUGUCCUGCUGGUUCUGGGAUGCUGGGUGGGGGCCUUCCUGUCAAUGCUCUGCCCAACAAUUGUGGUGGCGAGACUGCCUUUUUGUUAUAAGGAAAUUAAGCACUUCUUCUGUGACCUGGCCCCUCUGCUCCACGUGGCCUGCAUCGACACUCAUUUCAUAGAGAUGUUAAGCUUCAUAUCAUCCACCUUAGUCCUCCUGACCUCACUGCUGCUCACCACUGUGUCCUACACCUACAUCAUCUCUACCAUCCUGCGCAUCCCGUCAGCCCAGGGACGUCGGAAGGCCUUCUCCACCUGUGCUUCUCACAUCACUGUUCUCUCCAUCGCCUACGGGAGCAGCAUCUUUAUGUACGUGAGGCCCAGCCAGAACCAGUCACUGGAUUUUGACAAAGUGACAUCUGUCCUCACCAUGGUGGUGAAUCCUCUUCUGAACCCCUUCAUCUAUAGUCUGAGGAAUGAAAAGGUGAAGGAAGUUUGGAGAGAAGCUGUCAACAAAAUUAUGUCCUUAUUGCACAGGAAAACUUAA